AUGGAAACUUUGCCAGCAACAGAGACUAGUACCCAGGAAGGAGACCGAACCCAGACCCAAACCUCAGAAGAGAGAACCCAAGAGAGACCUCUUGAGCAACAGUCAGAUAGCUUUGACUUGCCCGCCCUAUUCCAUAAGCAUGAAGCUGACAGAGAGCAGAGCCGACAGCCCACUGACACGCUGAUUGACGUAGAGAAGGACGCCGAUGAGAAACAAGCACCAGAAAGAGAGCCAGAAAGGAGGACCGGCGAACCGACGCAAGGUCCGCGCAGAUCCUUGCGCACGCGGCGACCUACAGAGAAGGCCAGAGAAAAUCAGAGGCAAGAGGUGUGUCAGAAAUUCUGGCACACCUUCAGAGAACUAGAGAAAUUUGGAGCGUAUGCGCAUGACACCUGCUCCAAUUAUGACUUCAGCUUGAUCCCAGAUUACCGGGACACGCUGGUAGCAGAUUUAAACAGAAUUUCCGACAGAAUUGCCGGAGAUUACGAUGAGGUGCGGGCCACUUUCAGCUCACCUCCCUCAGAGAUCCGCAGAGGGGUUGAUCAGGCCACCUCACAUGCCAGGGGUUUAAUCCAAUUCCUGAACGAAAGUCCUCAGCAUCGGAACAGCGAAGAUGGUCGCUCAUCAUCCCACUCCAGAUCAUCAAGGUCAUGCAGGUCCAUCAGGUCAAGGAGGUCAAGUUCCUCAGUAUCCAGCGCGUCCCUUGCCAGGAGAGAGGCUGCAGCGAAGACUGCAUCGUUAAGAGCGGCUUUGUUGGUCCAGGAUGAGGAGGAUAUGAUCGAGGAUCAGAUUCUCCAGCUACAACUAAAUGAAACAAAGAGAAAGGCGGAAGCUGAAUCUCAGCAGGCCGUGUUGAAAAGAGCCCUUGAGCGCCAGAAGUUGGUAAAGGAGCUGAAGAUGGAGGAAGCUCGUCUUCAGGCCUACGAAGAAGAAGAGGCCCCAUCCGUGUCGGAGAUCAGGCAGUUUCAAGUUCCUCCUAUGUCGGCACAGCAGACUCCGAUGGAACCAACCCGGGAACCAGAGAGGCUACCAGUCAACCCCAUGACCAUGCUUGCUACCCGGAUGGAGCCACUCAGAGAGUUAAGGACAACACCCUCGCUGCAGUCACCUUUGCCACACGUGACAGUAACAGAGACACAGAGGAAACAGGCACAAGUCCAACAGUCGGCUCAAGUCUUGUUCCACCCUCCAAGCGGGAGAGCUCCGAAGACAGAAAACCCAAAGAGAUUGCCUGGGUCGUCCCUGAGGCCUGAAGCCUCAGUAUGGUCUCCCCAACCGGAGACACCUGCCCCAAAGCAAGAGACGGUUAGCGAUCUGGCCUUUAUCGCUAACACCCUGGCAGCAUCAAUUAACCUGGGACGCCUUCCGGUGCCAGAGCCGCCCAUCUUCAGUGGAGACCCCCUCCUCUUCCCAGACUGGAUGGCCUCAUUCAAGAGCCUGAUAGAGAGUCGAGGUGUACCAUCUCAUGAGAGAAUACACUAUCUUAAAAAAUAUUUAGGAGGCCCGGCAAGAGAAGCGGUUGCAGGCUGCUCUCUUCUUCGUUCAGAGAACGCCUACGAGAAGGCAAAAGAGAUCUUAGAAGACAGGUACGGCAGUGACUUUGCCGUAUCUGAUGCAUUCAGAAAGAAGUUGGACUCCUGGCCCAAGCUGUCUGGAAAAGACAGCAAAGGACUCAGGAAAUUAUCCGAUUUCCUAGAGCAGUGCGCAAUUGCUCAGGAGGAGGUGAAGGGCCUCAACAUGUUGAAUGAUAUCUGGGAGAAUAGGAAAUUACUCCAAAAGCUUCCAGAUUGGAUAGUUUCCAGGUGGGGCCGCACCGUCAACAAGAUCAAAAAGACCAGAAGAGAGUACCCUACAUUCAAAGAUUUCAGGACCUUUCUCCUGGAAGAGGCCGAGAUCGCGUGUGACCCAGUUGUUUCCAUAGGAUCGCUGAAGUCCCCAGAGACAGCGGUGGAGCCUAACCCCAAAGACGCGGCGAAGGGUACCAAGGGACCAGGAGCAAAGACCCUUCUUACUAAAACGACCGGUGACAACAAGAACACUACAACUACCUACGCUGCUCAGGGACAGACCAGCGUGUGCAGCUUCUGCGGAAAAAAGGGACAUUACAUUCAAGAAUGUCGCUCACUUGCCGCAAAAUCAAGACAAGAGAAGCAGGAGAUUGUCAAGAACGGAGGUUUUUGCUAUGGGUGUCUGAAAAAGGGCCACAUGGUGAAGGAGUGCCCCAAACGCGGCACUUGCAAGCGUUGUAAUGGGAAACAUCCGACCAGUCUCCAUGAGGAAAGGGGAGAGAGAGCAAUUAAGAACCCCGACCCUAUGAAGGAUGGAAAAGAAGCGACAGAGACAGUGAGAGAGAAAGCUUCCUGCAAGAGGACAGCCUGUCCCACUGCUAAACAGAAUUGUGCCAUGAUAGUGCCAGUUUGGGUGUCCAGCUCAGACAAUCCUGACAAAGAGCAAUUGGUUUAUGCUCUACUGGACACACAAUCAGACACUUCCUUCAUACUCAGUCACACUGCAGGCCGGCUGGGGACACAUUCCACACAAGCCCAGUUGAGUUUGUCCACGAUGACCACGAAGGAUAGAGUAAUAAAUUGCCAGAAAUACCGUCAUCUCGUGGUCAGAGGUUUUGACAGCAAGGAAAAGAUCCCCAUCCCGGUGGCUUACUCAAGAGAGUUUAUACCAGCGAAUGAAGACAACAUACCCACACCAAAGGUGGCCAAAAGGUGGCCCCACCUCAGAGAGGUCGCCACAAGGCUUCAACCCCUCCAAGACAUCGACGUGGGGCUGCUGAUUGGCUUUGACUGCCCCCAGGCACUGGCUCCGAGGUCCAGCAUCCUUGGGCAGGGUAAUGAACCCUUUGCGAUAGAGACGUCCCUUGGCUGGAGCCUUGUUGGAGGGGACUGCCUGCAGCCCUCGGGGGACAGUGUAGGACUAUCUUGCAUGGCUGUAUCAACCAAGGUCCCGGAGACACUCCAGCUACCGGAAACACCAAAUACGGUAAAGUUUGUGCUCAAGACGAGCAUCAAGGAAACAACACUAAGACCACUCCACCUAGCCGAGAUAUUAGAGGCUGAUUUCAAACAAGAUGGACCACAAGAAAACACCGUAUCUCAAGAAGACAUCCAGUUCCUUCGGAUCCUGAGUGAAGGCAUCCACCAGCAAAAGGACGGCUUCUUCAACAUGCCACUCCCUUUCAAAGAAAAGAAACCAACCCUCCCUUAUAAUAUCUUCAUGGCAAAGGUCCGGCUGGAACACUUGAAGCGCAGAUUUAGAAGAGACAGCAAAUACUUUGCCGAUUACACAGCCUUUAUGGAAGACAUUAUCAAGCAAGGAGAUGCCGAAAGGGCGACAGAGGACAGCGAUAGAAAGGGACAAAUCUGGUAUAUUCCUCACCAUGGGGUGUAUCAUCCCAAAAAACCACAGAAGAUCAGAGUAGUUUUUGAUUGUGGAGCUAAAUUCCAGGGAACAAGCCUAAAUGACCAUCUCUUACAGGGCCCAGAUCAAUUGAAUGGGCUCCUGGGUGUACUAUGCCGCUUCCGUCUUGGGAAGGUCGCAUUCAUGUGUGACAUAGAGCGCAUGUUCCAUCGCUUCCGAGUCAGAGAUGACCAUCAAGAUUACAUAAGAUUCCUGUGGUGGGAAGGUGGAAACCUUGAGACAGAACCAGUGAGCUAUCGUCUGAAGGUCCACCUCUUUGGCGCAGUUUCAUCACCAGGGUGCGCCAUCUAUGGACUACGGCAUAUGGCGGAGCAGUUCAAGGACCUUAGCCCAGAAGCCUCCGCAUUCAUAGCUGAAAACUUCUACAUGGACGAUGGUUUAGGGAGCACAGACGAAGUAGAAGAGGCAAUCAAGGUCAUCAAAGGAGCGAGAUCAAUCUGCCAGAAAGGAAACGUGAGACUCCACAAACUGGCGUCAAACAGCAGGGAAGUGCUUGAGUCCAUCCCGCCGUCCGAAAGAGCUAAGGAUAUCAUGGAACUUGAUCUGUCACUUGAUGACCUCCCCAUAGAGAGAGCCCUUGGCAUUCAGUGGUGUAUUGAGUCUGAUGUCUUCCAGUUCCGUCUGACGAUCCAAGACCAACCCCUCACCCGACGAGGCAUCCUGUCCAUGGUAUCUUCGGUUUUUGACCCACUUGGCUUCCUUGCACCAUUUCUGCUGACUGGUAAGCAGAUACUCCAACACCUUUGUAGAGAGAGCACAGACUGGGACCAGCCUCUUCCAAAUGAGCUUCGCCCAAAGUGGGAGGGAUGGAGACGGGGGCUGGUAAGCCUGGCCACCAUAAAAAUACCUAGGUGCUUCAAACCGACCGAUUUUGGACCCAUCAAACAGAUGGAAUUGCAUCAUUUCUCGGACGCAUCGCUCACAGGGUACGGACAAUGCAGCUAUCUGAGAUUAGUGGAUGAGAUUGAAAGGGUUCACUGCUCAUUGGCAAUGUCUAAAGCAAGGGUGGCCCCCCUGAAGCCUGUAACAGUCCCCAGAUUGGAGCUGCAGGCUGCUGUAGUGUCUGUAAAGAUCAGUGACUUUCUCAACAAAGAGUUGAAGAUCAAAGAAAUGAAGAAUUAUUAUUGGACAGACUCCAGGGUUGUUCUUGGGUAUAUCCAAAAUGAAGCACGCCGCUUCAAAAUCUUUGUUGCCAACAGAGUUCAAAGAAUAAGAGAGUCGUCAGAGCCAGGACAGUGGCGCCACAUAGCCACAGAUAUCAACCCAGCGGACCAUGCAUCCAGAGGACUGGAGGCAGAAGAACUGGAAACCUCCAGAUGGUUCAAUGGGCCUGCAUUCCUGUGGGAAAAGCAACUCCCUGAGGUAAGCGACUCAACACCUGAUCAUGAUGAAAUCUCAAACGAUGAUCCCGAGGUCAAGAAGGUCACAGCCCUAGCCACUAAAGCCACAGAGAGAACAGCGAUGCUGAAGAGGUUUGAGAAGUUUUCUGAUUGGUCAAGAUUACUCUCAGCCAUAUCUACACUUCGUGAGCGUUGUUUACGCAAGCUAGGUAAAGGUAUACCCGAUUUGACAGAGAUAAGAAGAGCUUCAGAGACGUUCAUCAUCCUAUGCAUACAAAGAGAAGCCUUUGCAGACGAGAUAGACGAACUGCAAAGAGGAGAACAUCUGAAGAAGGGCAACCAGCUCUAUAACUUGGACCCCUUCCCAGAUGAAGAUGGAAUCCUGAGAGUUGGAGGCAGGCUCAAACAUUCGAACCUGAAUUAUAGAGCCAAACAUCCAGCUAUCAUCCCCAAGAAGACUGCCGUAGCUGAGCUGCUGAUAAAGCAUCAUCAUGAAAAGACUGCACAUCAGGGCAGAGGAAUGACCAUGAAUGAGUUGAGAGCCAGAGGAUUUUGGAUACCAGGUUGCUCUGCCCAGGUCUCCUCACACAUUUUCAAGUGUGUUGUUUGCAGACGUUUCAGGGGUACCACUCAAGUCCAGAAGAUGGCUGACCUACCUAAAGAUAGAUUAGACGCCUCUCCCCCAUUCACAUACUGCGGAAUUGAUGUCUUUGGGCCAUUUGAAGUGACAGAAAGGCGCAAGACCAUCAAAAGGUAUGGACUUCUGUUCACCUGUAUGGCUUCCAGAGCCAUACACAUAGAGUUAUUGGAUGACAUGACAACGGAUGUCUUUUUGAAUGCCCUGCGAUGCUUUGUCGCCCUCAGGGGCAAAGUACGCCUAAUCCGGUGUGACCGGGGUUCUAAUUUUGUAGGAGCAAGACAAGAACUGAAAGAGGCUAUGAAAGAGAUCGAUGAUGCAACCAUUCAAGCCCACUUCCAGGGCGAUUGCGAAUUCGUCAUGAACUCCCCAGAAUCAAGCCACAAAGGAGGCGUAUGGGAACGACAGAUCCGAACCAUCCGCAGCGUGCUGAGAGUAGUCCUAGGAUUGUCACAUUCCCGUCUAGACACCUCCUCACUCAGGACAUUGUUCUAUGAGGUAAUGGCGAUAAUCAACAGCCGUCCAUUGACUGUAGAAAACCUCAACGACCCUACUGCACCCCUGCCAAUCACUCCAAAUCAGUUGCUGACGAUGAAAUCAGACAUCUUGAUGCCACCCCCUGGGGUAUUCCCCAAGGAGGAUCUGUAUGCCCGGAAGAGAUGGCGCAGGGUUCAGUAUCUUGCCAAUGAGUUUUGGCAAAGAUGGAGAAAAGAAUAUCUCCAGAAUCUCCAACAGCGCCAGAAAUGGCAGAAGCAAAGAAGAAACGUUGAAGUGGGAGACAUAGUGAUCCUAAAUGACGCAGACCUACCAAGAUGCGACUGGAAGCUGGCAAUGGUAGAGACGACUGAGAAAGGAAAGGAUGAUCUAACAAGAACAGUGAAGCUCCGGAUGGCUAGUGCUGAGCUAACGGCUGACGGGAAGCGCAAGGGCAAGGUCCGAUUCCUGGAGAGACCCAUCCACAAGUUGAUUAUGUUGCUGGAAAAGUCCCCAGAUCAGCCUGAUUAA